CCUGUUGGAUCACAUUCUUCCAGGAAGCUGCCAGGAAGUGGCUGCCUUGUUAAAAAUUUAUUUUGCAUGCUCCUAGAUUUUCACUGAAGCAAAACUGGAGUUACGGGCUGGAAACCACCUUUUCAUUGGAGUUGAAGCAGUGGCCCUGCUUCAAUAUGAGAAGAACUGCCUCUAUUUUCUGUUGCUUUGUCAUGCUUUCUCUAACACAGGGUGCUCUGAAAAAUGAAAUUCAAAACAGAGAUGACAAAAAUGGUAUUCAAACAGUGUGUGGACAGGUGGUGAAUCAGAACCGUAUUGUGGGGGGAGAAGAUGCGUCUCUGUAUGCUUGGCCAUGGCAAGUCAGCCUCCAAUACCAAGGGAAGCAUGUCUGUGGAGCGACCCUCAUCAGUUCUGAAUGGUUACUGACAGCAGCCCAUUGCUUCCCUAAGAAUGCAGUACUCUCUGAUUACGAAGCCAACUUGGGAAACUACCAGCUCUUGAAUCCAGACCCAAAUGCUGUGUGGCAGAGACUAUCUAAAGUGGCUGUGCACGAGAACUAUACUGGAGAUGGAUCCAGUGGGGACAUAGCUGUGGCUCAGCUAGAGCAACCUGUCCGUUUCACCCAAGGCAUCCUUCCAGCCUGUCUCCCAGAUGCCGAAAUCCAGUUUCCAAAGGGCACCCUUUGCUGGGUGACAGGAUGGGGAUCACCUGCAUAUGGAGCCAAUCUGGGAGCUCCUAAAACAUUGCAGCAGGUCCAGUUGCCAUUGAUAGACACCAUGACCUGUGAUGCCCUCUUUCACAUUAGUACGAAUACCAGUCCUACGACCAGAGAGAUCCAGGAUGACAUGUUCUGUGCUGGCUAUGCAGAGGGAAAAAAGGAUGCUUGUUUGGGUGACUCUGGAGGUCCAUUAGUCUGCCAAGACGAUGGUGCCUGGUUUGUUGCAGGCAUUGUGAGCUGGGGUGAUCUGUGUGGCGUCGCCAACCGUCCAGGAGUUUACACCCGUGUUAAUUUUUAUCAAGACUGGAUUCAGAAUCACUUCCCUGGGGUGCAAUUUGGUCUUGUGAAUGUCACUUAUUACCGAAUUGCUUCAUCUCAACCUUCCUCAAGCCAAAUCCUCAAAAAUUUCAAUUUUGUUUUCCAGCUUUUGAUCUCCAGCUUUAUUAUCAUUUUCUGAGACAGAUUGGGAAUAAGAUAUUCUGUGCUUUUAUUUACCAAGUUGAUUUUUUAAUGGAAAAAUAAAUCAUAACCAAAGUCUCCUUGGAAGAACAGCAUCUUCCACUAAAAAAGACAUUUAUGGAAACCAGCUUCUUGAUAUGGCAUUAGAAGUCCAUUUCUCCCAAAUGAAUGGAUUGUGAAAUGUGAAAUUAAUUUUUUUAAAGAUAUUUUUUAAUCUUCCAUCAAGUUCAACAAUAGAAUAUUUUGGAUUUUUAGGGCAUUAGAGAUGUGGAGAAAUAUUCCCACAUCUGGUGAAAGAGUCAGAUUUCCUCAUUUUGUUCUGUUCAUCUAACUCUCUGAAGAAGAACAAGAGCUCUCAUGUUUAUUUCUCAAAGGCGCUAUCCAUGUCACUUCAUAUCAGUGAUGAAAUCUGAACCGGGUUACUACCAGUUUGCUGGCUGCGCAUGUGUGCUGCGCGCCAAAACAAGGCUUGGGAAGGUAAGUAGAACAGCGCGGGGGGUGGUGAUCAGCUGUGGCAUGCGAUCAUGGGGGCCUUUUCAAAAACUUAUUAAAAGUAUUUUUUAUUACUGGC